AGUAGAUUGAUAGUGGUAGACUAAAUAGCAAAGGCUGUCUAAAAAACUGAGUAAUUAAGGUUGAUUUUUUUAACUUUACUGCAUAAGCAAAAUGAUAUCUUAACCAUUUAUUUGUUAGCAAGCAAUUUUUAACAGCUUGGAAAGUAAGGAAUCAGCUGAUUAUUAAAAUCACCAGGACAACAACCAUCAUCGAUAAGGAAUCAAUAGCUAGACAUAUUAAAAACAGAUUAGCCUUGCACAUUAGAACUGUUGAUAUACCUACAGACAAGUAAAAAGAUCAGGCUUACCAACAAGGACAAAGCGAGAGAACAAGGAAAGAAGCAAAUCACGAAACAACAAUGUUUAGCAUUAACCAUAAACUGCUAAAUUACUACAAAGAACAUGAUGAAAAUGUCACCCUAGUAGGAAACGACUUUGAAGUACUGAUUAAGUUAUUUGUAGUAAGGUGCUUUGUACCUGUCAUGAAGACUGCUUUAGAAACGAAAAUAAAUGACGCUGACAAGAAGAAACGAAGACACAUUGUGUUAUGUGGUGAUUUUGAUAAGUUUACAGUUCAGCUGUUUGUAAAGAUUUUACAAGAUACUGAAGCCAAUGUUUCUCUAUCGUGGUCUGAUAUUGUAGGCUUGAUUAACUUCUGUCAUUAUUACCAUGCUGAUGAAGUGAUCAAGAUUUGCUACAGUAAGGGAGCAAAUAGAAUAAAUAAAGAAAACAUAUAUGAAGCAAUACAGCUGGUGGAAACUUACAGCUUUCGACAAUGGGACGAAUCUAUAUGUUAUAUCAUCCAGCAAAAUCGCAGUAUAAGGAAGAACACAGAAUGGAAGUACUUAUUUUCAGAGUGUCCAAAUACAAUGUGUGACAUUUUAAACAAGUUACUUGAUGAAAAAACAUAAUUUUGAAUUAAAAGUUGCUACAUUCUCUAAGAAAGGAUUGUAUUGUAUUUUGUUAACCGUCUGGAUUUUGCAAGCAGGCAAUACAGGUUUUUAGGCAUUCUGAUUGCCUUAGCGCUCUUAACAACAGGGCAAUAUUUUGCGGUAUUGCCUGACGUCAAGAAAAAUGGUAGCUUAAAAUGUAAACAAGCACGAAAAACAAGUUUUAAGGAAGCAUUGGAAAUGAUUAUAUAUCUAACUCCUACAUUACAUCUAUUGAUAAAAACACUUUAGAAUAGAAUAGAAUAGAAACAACAACAAUGUCAAGUUUAACAAUUAAAAUAACCAGAUUCAACAAUAUUCUGUCUGGAAUGCUUCUUCAA